AUGUAUUGUCGUAUGCUACGACCACGCGCUCCGCGCCCGACCUCACUCAUUUUCGCCCUCGCCCCAGCGUCCGUCAUUCGCCCUCUCGCAGGACGACACUACCAAACGUCUGGGACGCAGAAGCAAGUCGUGGCAGACGCACCGCAUCUAGACGUGCUCGAUACGAAGUCGCGUCCGUUCGCAAUAGAACGCGUCGGAGGCAGGGAGUGUCAUGUCUCGUGGACGGAGAGCGGUAUCACGAAAGAGUGGCAUGAGAUGUCGGGAGCACUGCAGGAGCGGGGGGAGGAACAGACUACCUCGACGACCAACUCAAUUGUGGGCAAGUUUACGUCGUGGCUGCGCCAGAUGUUCCUGCCGACCAACUACCCGCAGUCUGUACACCCUUCGUAUUUGCGCUUCCACGCCCUGCAGUUCUUUGAAACGACGUUCGGGACGGUCGUUUCAGUGCUCUGCAAUCAAGCGCUGCUAACGUCCGUCGGCGUCAGUGCGGAGGGCAGUAUCUUCGGUGCAGUAGCUGUACAGUGGAUCAUCAAGGAUGGUGCGGGCGAAGUAGCCAAGCUGUUCUUCAUACGCAGGUUUUCGCCGUACUUUGACAGCCAUCCCAAGUCGUUCACCCUUUUUGGGGAGGGGAUCGUGGCUAUUGGAAGCUGCCUCCAGAUGGCAACGCUGCUCAUCACCCCGACACCUGGAAAUUUCUUGCUGUGUGCAGCUGGAGGAAACAUCUUCAAACUUGUUGGAUACGCGGUUUGGUUUACGACGCAUAUCAAAUGGGUUCGCUACUUCUCUCUUCAAGGGAAUGUAGGCGAUGUCGCGGCAAAGGACGAAUCGCAAACAUCAAUCGCACAGCUGUGUGGCUAUGCAGCUGGUAUUGGGCUUUUAACUGUCUCCCAUUCUCCCGCCUAUCUCUACUCCUUGUUUUUUGCUCUCACUCCCCUCCAUCUGACUGCGACGAUGUUUAUGAUGCGCGAUGCGAAAUUCGAGGCGCUUACGCUACCCAGGCUCAGUCUGCUGGCGCGCGAGUACGCGCGAGAGGACGGAGAGGCAGCAACGGGCAAGGUGAACACCUUGAGGGAGAUAGAGGAAUCGAGGCAGACGGGAGCGUUUGGUGAGUUCUUCAAGAGGAAGAAUGACCGAUUCGUGGAACUUGCGCCUAGGGUGACGGAGGUCAUCGGGGGCGAUGUUGAUCGAGAACCGGUUCUGUGGGAGAUGUGUACGAGCGAAUUCCAGACCGAGAAAUACCUGCUGUAUCCUUCUGCAUCCCCUUCCGAAAAGCCAAUAACGGUCUUUUAUCACCCGGAUGCCACCUCCGAUGACACGCUUCGGUCAAUCCUGCAUGCUGCCCGCUUUCGCCACGAUCUUUUAGAGUCGCGACUUUCGUCGUUAGAUUCUCCAUGGAGUUCUAGAACAGGGGAGCUGCAGGUUGCGCUAGCUAGCUCCCAUGCGUGGACCCGCCAACAUUUCGGUGCUUUCAAGCAGGAAUUGGACGAUAAGGGCUGGAGAACGGAUGAGGCAGAGUCUCCGUCGUCCGAAGAUCUCGUCUCGCCCUCCGUGAACACAGCCGAGACCUACUGGCGGCCUAUCACUCCUAAUAUGUCUGCUCAUCUUGAGUUCUCAAAGUCCAACGAGUCAUAUGUUGCCGACUAUGGCGACAAAGGCUCGCUGGCCAUACCUCCGGCCAAGAAGCUCGCGAUAGUGACCUGCAUGGACGCUCGCUUGAAUCCCUUCGCUCAAUUAGGCCUUAAAGAGGGCGACGCGCACAUUAUUCGCAAUGCUGGUGGGGUCGCUAAAGAUGCCCUUCGUAGCAUCAUCAUAUCGCAGCGUUUGCUUGGCACGCGCGAAAUUGCGGUCUUUCACCACACGGGCUGCGGGAUGCUCCUAUUCACGACUCCCCAGCUACAAUCUAUCGUUACAGAAUCCGAUCCCGCGGACACCGCAUUGAAAGCCGUCAAUGAGAUCAAUUUCCUAGAGUUCAGUGACCUCGACCAGAGUGUCCGAGAUGACGUCAAAUUCUUGAAGGAAAAUCCUCUCAUACUUCCAGAGACGAAGGUCACUGGAUGGGUGUUCGAGGUCGAGACGGGAAAGGUCUCCAUACCCAUUUCAUCCGAAUGUAGCGAGUGGACCGCUGCCGAGAUCCUUCGCGACGAGUUCGCAUCAAGAACAUUUGCAGAGGCGCAGUAUGAUAAUGAAAAAGAGGCGACUAUAGAACUUUUCGCCCGUUUCCUUGGCUUCGUUGCCCAAAACGUAGAUGCGGGCGUAGCCCCCACCACUAUUUUACUCAAGACUCUAGAGCAUUUUGUCAACUCGUAUCUGUUGCAAAAAGAUGUGCACACCAUCGCCGCUGCGUUCGAUGUCGACGUGCGAAAGUCCGUAAUCUCAAAUUACAUACAAGCCGUCGCUGUCCUAGAGGCCAAGCAGGUUUCCCCCAUACCCCGCUCCCCUUCCCCAGCACUUUUCAGAGCAGAUGACGCGUCUACAUACGCGAUUUUCGGCGGCCAAGGCACAAAUGAAGUAUACUUCGACGAGCUGCAGAACCUCUACGACACCUACAAGCCGUAUCUCGCUUCCUUCAUUUCCGAAAUAACACAGCACGUCUUGCUUCCCCUUGCAGUAGACCAUGCAUCGUCGACAUACUAUGCGUACGGAAUGGACGUCUUUUCCUGGCUGUCCGGCGCGACCGCGCGCCCACCCAUCUCGUAUCUUGCGUCCGUUCCCCUCUCCUUUCCUCUAAUUGGGCUCACGCAACUCGCCCAAUACCUCGUAGUCUGUCGGGCGACGAACAUGUCACCCCAGGCUCUGCGAACGCGGUUACACGGUGCAACCGGUCACUCGCAGGGUCUUGUGUCGGCUGUCGUAAUAUCAGCAUCUUCCACCUUGGAGUCGUUCUUUGAGAAUUCGCGAAAGGCAAUGAAGUGGCUGUUUUUCUGUGGAUAUCGUGGACAGCAGGCGUUCCCUGUGCUGGCUUUGGAGCCUAGUAUUGUGCAGGACGCCAUCGAAGGCGGGGAGGGUGUACCGAGUCCCAUGUUGUCAGUGACGGGUCUACCACUGAAGGAUUUGGAAACACACAUCAAGAAGACGAAUCAACACCUGCCAGCUAAAUCGCAGCUGCAAGUAUCCUUGUACAAUGGACCGAAGGCGUUUGUUGUGACUGGCCCCGCCCGCGCUUUGUACGGGUUGGUGACAAGUUUGAGGAAAGUGCGCGCGCCGAGCGGUCUCGACCAGAGCAAAAUCCCGUUCUCGCAACGCAAGCCGGUGUUCUCGGUUCGAUUCCUAGUUAUCGGCGUUCCAUAUCACAGCGAGUAUCUUCAGGGGGCGACAGAGAAGAUGUUUUCCGAAGAUUUGAAGGGUCAGGAACUGUGGGCGAAGAACGAUUUGUCAAUCCCUGUGUACCAUACUGAGAACGGCUCUGAUCUUCGGACGCUCACGACGUCAUUAACGCGGGCGCUCUGCGAUCAGAUUUUCACUCUUCCCAUCCACUGGGCGACAGCAACAAACUUUCCCGAUACCGCUACGCACGCGAUCGACUUUGGUCCCGGCGCUCUGAGCGGAAUUGGUCCUCUCACGGCGCGUAACCUGGAGGGUCGGGGUGUCCGUGUCAUCGUUGCGGGUGAUAAGACGAAGGGCGUUGUUGAGCUAUUCGACGCGCAGACAGUUCGUCGCGAAUCAUGGUGGAGCAAGGAGUUCAUGCCGGGCCUGGUGAAGACGAGCGACGGCACCAUUCACAUCGACACUCCGUUUUCGCGUCUACUCGGCAAGCCUCCCAUUAUGGUUGCCGGUAUGACGCCCACUACAGUUCAGGCAGGUUUCGUCGCCGCCGUUCUCUCAGCUGGCUAUCACGUCGAGCUCGCUGGAGGUGGUCACUAUAACCCGAAAGCCCUGCGUGCGAAGGUCGCCGAAAUUCAGAGCAAGAUUCCAGCUGGGGUUGGUUUGACGUUGAACUCGUUGUACAUCAACCCUCGUCAAUUUAGCUUCCAAUUCCCUCUAUGGCAGGAAAUGCGCAGGGAGGGACUCCCAAUUGAAGGGUUCUGCGUUGCUGCUGGUAUCCCUAGCACAGAGAAAGCUGCUGAGAUCAUCGAGGGUCUCAAGUCUGCAGGCAUUCGUCACGUCUCAUUCAAGCCUGGUUCUGUGGAUGGAAUUCGUCAGGUUGUCAACAUUGCGGCUGCCAACCCUGACUUCCCUAUUAUUAUGCAGUGGACGGGUGGUCGCGCUGGUGGUCAUCACUCAUGUGAAGAUUUCCAUCAACCAAUCCUCUCGACGUAUGGUGCUAUUCGUCAGCACAGCAAUAUCUCUCUCGUUGCGGGAUCUGGCUUCGGCGGUGCCGACGACGUGUGGCCUUAUCUUACCGGCGACUGGUCCGUGGAGAAGUAUGGAGUGCAACCUAUGCCGUUUGAUGGAUUCCUCUUUGCGAGCCGCGUGAUGGUUGCGAAGGAAGCGCACACUAGCUCAUCGGUGAAGGACUUGAUCGUUGCCGCUCGCGGGGUCGACGACGCACAAUGGGAAGGCACGUAUGCCAAGGAAACAGGUGGUAUUUUGACCGUGCAGUCUGAGCUCGGGGAGCCUAUUCACAAAGUCGCCACGCGUGCUGUCAAACUAUGGAAGGAGUUCGACAAUACCGUGUUCAAACUUCCCAAGGAGAAGCGUGCUGCAUGGUUAGCUGAGCGUCGUGGAGAGGUCAUUGCCAAACUGAACAAGGACUUCGCGAAGCCUUGGUUUGGUUGGAAGAAGGACGGCACUGUCGUUGAAGAUAUCGCGGAUAUGACCUAUGAGGAGGUGGUCUUGCGUCUGAUCAGGCUUAUGUAUGUCUCGCAUCAGGAGCGCUGGGUGGAUGUGUCACUCAGGAAUCUCACUGGAGACUGGUUGAGGCGCGUGGAGGAGCGUUUUGCUGGCGUGAAUGGGAGUGGUCCGAAGGCAUCCAUCUUACAGUCAUAUUCUUCCCUUGACAAACCUCAUGACGUCGUCGAGUCUUUCUUCAAGACGUAUCCGCUUGCUACUGAGCAACUGCUUGCUUCAGAAGAUAAGGCGUUUUUCCUCGCUAUUUCCCAGCGCCCUGGCCAGAAGCCUGUGCCUUUCAUUCCGGUGCUUGAUGCGACUUUUGAAGUCUGGUUCAAGAAGGACUCCCUCUGGGCUGCGGAAGACAUCGAGGCGGUCUUCGAUCAAGAUCCUCAGCGUGUGUGUAUUUUACAGGGUCCUGUCGCAGUCAAGCACUCUACUAAGAAGGAUGAGCCGGUGAAAGAAAUGCUCGACAAUAUCACUGCACUGUUGGUGAAGAAGCUCGCGGAGCGCCUUUAUGGAGGCGAUCUAAGCAGUGUUCCGACUAUUGAUUACAUCAGCCCCCGCCCAGCUCACAUUCCUAGGGUUGAAGCUCUCGGUGUGAAGUCCAGCGUCAAGGACGGUGAUGUAAUGUACAAGGUUGGCACAACACUUCCGGAUACGUCGUCGUGGUUGGAGGCGCUCGCCGGUCCGGAGCAGAGUUGGCUCAAGGCUCUGCUCACCUCUACGACUGUCGUGCAAGGUACCUCCUACGUUGAUAACCCCAUUCGUCGCUUGUUCGCCCCCCGCCAGGGCCAGAAGGUUGUCAUCGAGAAUGAUGAGGGCGCGCCGGUCAGCGUUUCGAUUUAUGGAGCCGCGCGUUCUGUCGGAGAGCACAAGCCGAAUUUCAAGGCUGUCGAAGUUGAGUACGACGAGCAGACUCACUUGAUUGAUGUCACCUUGUUUGAAGAUCGUCGUGAUGUUUCCGUGCCCCUUCGUCUCAAAUUUAUCUACAAACCAUCGACAGGUUUUGCCCCCAUUCAUGAGAUUGCCGACGACCGCAACAAGCGUAUCAAGGACUUCUAUUGGCGUCUCUGGUUCGGCGAUAACGAGGUGCUACCUGAAAUAAACGUGCGGGAGGUUUUCGUGGGACCCGAGGUUACAAUCAAGGCCGAGGAGGUUGAGACUUUCUGCGCAGUUGUCGGGAAUGACGGGGAGGAUUUCAAGAGUACGCGGACCGACGCCGUUCAAGCACCUAUGGAUUUCGCCAUCGUGACGGGCUGGCAGGCUAUUAUGAAAGCUAUCUUCCCCGCCGCGAUUGAUGGGGACCUGUUGAAACUUGUUCAUCUUUCGAAUGGAUUCCGGGCUUUGCCUGACGCCAAGCCGCUGCAGGCCGGCGACGUUUGUAGAGCGGAAGCGAAGAUAAUCUCAGUUGUUAACAGCGAUGCAGGUAAGGUCGUCAAGGUCAAGGGCAUGGUCAGACGAGAUGGUCAGCCUAUCAUUGAAGUCACAUCUGCUUUCCUGUACCGGGGGCGAUUCGCCGACUUCGACAACACGUUCGAGCUGAUUGAGGAGCCCGACUAUCUCGUUGAUCUGAACAGCGAAGCCGCUGUUGGUGUCUUGCAGUCGAAGGAGUGGUUCGAGUGGGACGAUGAGACCAAACCUCUUCAGGCAGGUACGGGAUUGAUUUUCCGCAUCAAGUCCGAGGUCACAUACCGCAACAAGACAUGCUUCAAGUCGGUCAGCGUGUCUGGGGAUGUCUUUGUUCGUGAUCAGUUGAAGCGCUUGGUAAAGGUCGGGUCGGUCGAUUUCCUUCAGGACGAUAGCCGCGGCAAUCCUGUUCUUGCUUACAUCCAACGUCACGGCCAACCGCAGGGUUUGUUGAGUCCGUUGGCAAAUGAUGGCUACACCAUGUCUCCCACAGCUCCUACCACGUUCAGCUCUCCUGCCACGAAUGAACCGUAUUCCAUCACUUCGGGCGAUUUCAACCCCAUCCACGUCAACCCAUACUUCUCGGAUUAUGCUUCACUCCCUGGUACCAUUACUCAUGGCAUGUGGUCUAGCGCGGCGACCCGCCGGUAUGUUGAGACAGUCGUUGCUCAGGGCCGACCAAACCGCGUUGUGGCAUACGACGUCUCGUUUGUUGGUAUGGUUCUGCCCCAGGAUGAACUUACUGUGAAGAUUAGGCACGCUGGCAUGCGAGAUGGCAACAUCGUCGUCAAGGUUGAGACGUCAAACUCUCGAGGAGAGAAAGUUUUGGAAGGCACGGCCGAGGUUGCGCAGCCCACUACCGUUUACGUCUUCACGGGUCAGGGUUCUCAAGAGCCUGGCAUGGGAAUGGACUUGUACAAUAACUCUCAGGCGGCUCGCUCUGUGUGGGAUGUGGCCGACGCCCACCUUACUGCAGUUUAUGGAUUUUCAAUCGUUGAGAUCGUCAAGGAUAAUCCCAAGGAGAAGACGAUCCACUUUGGUGGCAUCAAGGGUCAAGCCAUUCGUCAACGGUACAUGGACAUGACGUACGACACCAUGGAUAAGGACGGAAACGUCAAGACGCUCCCUCUCUUCGGAGACAUCAAUGUCCGUACGCAGAGGUACACGUUCAGCCACCCGACGGGAUUGCUCUUUGCAACCCAGUUUGCGCAAAUCGCUCUCGUGGUGACCGAGCGCGCUGCCUUUGAGGACAUGCGCUCUAAGGGACUCGUUCAGCAAGGUGCCGCAUUCGCGGGCCAUUCGCUUGGCGAAUACUCUGCCCUUGCUUCCAUCGCCGACGUCGUACCCAUUGCAUCGCUCGUGGAUAUUGUUUUCUAUCGUGGUAUCACCAUGCAACGCGCGGUCGAGCGCGAUUCUCAGAAUAGGUCGAACUACGCUAUGUGUGCUGUGAACCCUAGCCGUGUGUCAAAGACGUUCAACGAUGCCGCCCUUCGUGAGGUUGUUGACGACAUUGCGCAGCGGACGGGAUGUCUCCUUGAAAUUGUUAACUUCAACGUCGAGGGCCAACAAUAUGUCUGUGCGGGUGAACUCGUCGCGUUACAAACAAUGACGAACGUUCUGAACUAUUUGAAGAUGGAGAAGAUUGAUAUUGCAAAGUUGACGGAGAAGUUUACGAUCGACCAAGUCAAGGAAAUGCUCCGUGAAAUCAUUGACUCAUGCUUCACUCGAGCGAAAGAACAGCAGGAAGCUGAGGGUCAUAUCAAAUUGGAGCGAGGCUUCGCCACUAUCCCUCUACCCGGGAUCGACGUCCCAUUCCAUUCUCGCUACCUUUGGGCAGGAGUAAUGCCUUUCCGCACUUAUCUUUCGAAGAAGAUCAAUGCUGCGCAUCUCAACCCGGAUACACUCGUGGGCAAAUAUGUGCCGAAUCUGAUAGCAAAGCCUUUCGAAGUAUCAAAGGAUUACGUGCAGUUGAUCUACGAUCGCACCUUAUCCGUCAAGCUGGACAAAGUGUUACGAAAAUGGGACCAAGAGAACUGGGAAGCUCCCGAGCAGCGCCAGAAGCUGGCGUAUAUUACGCUAGUUGAACUUCUCGCGUAUCAAUUUGCGUCACCGGUUCGUUGGAUAGAGACGCAAGAUAUCCUCUUCACGCAUUAUAACUUCGAACGGAUCAUUGAGAUCGGUCCUUCGCCAACGCUCACUGGAAUGGCUUCGAGAACCCUGAAGGCCAAGUAUGAGGUCCAGGACGACUCUGUAAGUCGUGCCCGUGUUAUCCUCUGCCAUUCGAAAAACGUCAAGGAGGUGUACUAUCAAUUUGAAGACGAAGCCAAUGCUCCUGAGACUGAGGUCGAACCUCCAGUUGCGGAUGCUGCGCCGGCGCCAACGCAAGCCGUUGUUGCUCCUAUCGCUGCUUCUGUAGCACCUGUUGCGGCAGCCGCUAGCAUCGAAGAUGUUCCAUUAAAGGCAAUUGAGGUCCUGAGCGUCAUUGUCGCGCAAAAGCUGAAGAAGAAGGUCGACGAAAUUCCUCUCUCGAAGUCUCUCAAGGAUCUCUCUGGUGGGAAGUCCACUCUCCAGAACGAAAUCUUGGGCGACUUGCAACUCGAAUUUGCUUCUGCGCCAGAGAAAGGCGAAGAACUUCCUCUCGAGGAGCUUGGCUCUGCUUUGGGAGUUGGUUUUUCUGGUUCAUUGGGAAAAUACACCUCUGGUCUUGUAGGUCGUAUGGUUGGCGGAAAAAUGCCCGGUGGUUUCAAUAUGUCUGCUAUCAAGAGUUACUUGUUGAAGUCUUGGGGAGUUGGUCCUUCUCGUGCCGACGGCGUGCUGUUGCUUGCAACUACUAUAGAGCCAGCUAAGCGCCUAGGGUCGGAGGCUGAGGCGAAGACGUGGCUGGACUCGGUGGUCGCUGCUUACGCGCAGCGUUCCGGAAUCGCGCUGUCUUCAGCUGCAACGGGCGGCGCAAGUGGAGGAGGCGCUGGGGGAGCCACGAUCAAUAGCGAAGAGUUCCUCAAGUUCCAAGCUGAGCAAGAGUGGUUCGUCUCACAGCAAGUUGAGCUGUACAUGCGGUAUCUCAAGCGCGAUUCUCGAGCGGGGGAGCAGAAAUUCGAAGUAGCAAAAGCCAGCUCUGCAUCGCUCCAAGCGCGUCUGGAUGCCAUCAGCAAGGAGCACGGCGAUACGUAUAUUGACGGUAUUCAGCCCGUCUUCGAUGCACUGAAAGCACGUCAUUUCGACUCUUCUUGGAACUGGGUUCGUCAAGAUGCACUUUUGAUGUUCUACGACAUCAUCUUUGGCCGGCUCACCACUGUAGACCGGGAAAUCACCGCUCGCUGCAUUGCGAUUAUGAACCGUGCCGAUCCGGAAUUGGUGACGUAUAUGCAGUACUACAUUGACAAAUGUGACCCUAGUCGUGGAGAGACGUACAGACUGGCCAAACAAUUCGGACAGCAACUCAUUGACAACUGUCGCGAAGUCGUCGGGCAUCCGCCCCUUUAUAAAGAUGUCACGUUCCCGACCGCUCCGCACACGGAGGUCACGUCUAAAGGCGACAUAGUUUAUUCGGAAGUUGUUCGGGAAAACGUGCGCAAGUUGGAGGCUUACGUCGAGGAGAUGGCAAGUGGUGAUACAAUUUCGGCUCCCACAAAUAUUCAGAAGAUUCAAGAUGAUGUUUUGAAGCUGUGGAACGUGGUGAAAUCGCAGCCUGAAAUCAGUGAGGAGCAGAAGAACCGGAUUAAGGCGCUGUAUGAGGGCGUCGUGCGUUCACUUCGCAAGCGGCCAGAGUCCCGAGCGCGUCCAGGAGCGCCGCGUACUCGCCGAUCAUCUUCACAAUUCCUUCGUCCUCAGGUGUCGGGGAUUGCUGCCGUGACCGCUGACAAGGUUCCACUUCUGCACUUGAAGCGGAAGGUUGGAACGACCUGGGAGUAUAGCAGCAAUCUAACAGGUGUUUAUCUCGACAUCCUACACGAAAUUGCAACCUCGGGAACAACAUUUAAGGACAAGAAUGCACUUCUUACUGGUGUUGGCAAAGGCUCGAUAGGCGUGGAGGUUCUCAAGGGUCUUCUAUCUGGUGGUGCCCAUGUCGUUAUCACGACGUCUCGAUACAACCGAUCAACUGUGGAAUAUUACCAAGGCGUUUUCCAGCGCUUCGGUAGCAAAGGAUCGGCUCUGACGGUAGUUCCAUUCAAUCAGGGUUCGAAGCAAGACGUCGAGGCAAUUGUCGAUUACAUCUACUCGUCACUCGGUUUGGAUCUGGAUUAUAUCCUCCCUUUCGCAGCCGUCCCCGAAAAUGGUCGCGAGAUAGAUGGGCUGGACGACAAGUCUGAAUUGGCACACCGUAUCAUGCUUGUCAACCUCCUCCGCUUACUAGGCGCUGUAAAGGUCAAGAAAGCGUCGCGUCGCAUUCUGACACGGCCUACGCAGGUUGUCCUUCCUUUAUCACCUAACCACGGUCUCUUUGGAAACGACGGGCUGUAUUCGGAGUCCAAGGUGGGCUUGGAGACGCUCUUCAAUCGUUGGAAUUCUGAAAGUUGGGGCGAAUAUCUUUGCCUUGCUGGCGCUGUCAUUGGAUGGACACGUGGGACGGGCCUUAUGGAUGCUACCAACAUGGUUGCACAUGAAGUCGAGAGUCACGGCGUCAGGACGUUCUCAGCGAAAGAGAUGGCCUUCAAUUUAUUGGGCCUCAUGCAUCCGCUUCUGUUCAGCAUCACGCAAGUUGAACCGAUAUGGGCUGAUCUAAAUGGUGGCAUGGAUCGACUUCCAGACCUCGCAGAAAUUACCACUCGCAUCCGACUGAACUUGAACAAAAAGAGUGAAUUGCGCCGCGCCAUAGCUAGGGAUAACGCCGCCGAUUUCAAGAUUAUCAAUGGCGGUGAGGCCGAACGUGUUCUCCAGACUGUCAACGUGACACCUCGUGCCAACUUCAAGUUCGAAUUCCCGCAUUUGGAAGCAUCCGAAUCGUUGUCCGAUGUCUCCCAGCUCCGAGGAUUGCUGGACCUUGAUCAGGUGGUCGUCGUGACCGGUUUCGGCGAGGUGGGCCCUUGGGGUAGCUCUCGUACUCGAUGGGAAAUGGAAGCACGUGGCGAGUUCACUAUCGAGGGCUGCAUCGAAAUGGCCUGGAUGAUGGGACAUAUCAAGCACUUCGAUGGUCGCCUGAAAGAUGGCUCGCUUUAUGUUGGUUGGGUCGACGCUAAGACAAGUGAGCCCGUGGAUGACAAGGAUGUCAAGAGUCGAUACGAGAAGGAGAUCCUCUCCCACGCGGGUAUUCGUCUAAUUGAGCCGGAAUUAUUCCGCGGAUAUGAUCCCAAGAAGAAGACGUUCAAUCAGGAGAUUGAAUUGUCGCACGAUCUUGAGCCUUUCGAGGCGAGUCAAAUCGAGGCAGACAAGUUCAAAUAUGAACACGGGGACAGCUGUGAUAUUUGGGCCGUCGAAGGCGGCGAGUGGUUCGUCAAGCUGAAGAAGGGUGCACGUAUCUUGGUGCCGAAGGCGUUCAAGUUCAAUCGCCUGGUUGCGGGGCAAGUCCCUACUGGAUGGCAUGCCGGUCGUUACGGUGUUCCAGCAGAUAUCAUUUCACAGACCGAUCGUACAACCUUGUGGACAUUGGUCGCUGCGGCGGAUGCCUUAAACAUGUCAGGGAUUACUGAUCCUUACGAAUUGUACCAGCAUAUGCAUCCUUCAGAAGUCGGCACUAGCAUUGGGAGUGGUAUGGGUGGUAUGGAGAGUCUCUCGAAGAUGUUCAAAGAUCGCAGGGACGAAAAAGAUGUGCAGAACGACAUCUUACAGGAGACGUUCAUCAAUACAACAGCGGGUUGGGUGAAUUUGUUGCUACUUUCAUCUUGCGGACCAGUCAAAAUUCCUGUGGGCGCAUGUGCCACUGCUUUGCAAUCGGUCGAGAUCGCUUGUGACACGCUUCUAUCCGGAAAAGCGAAGGUAAUGCUCGCGGGAGGCUUCGACGAUUUCAGCGAGGAAGGCUCGUAUGAAUUCGCAAACAUGAAGGCUACGAGUAACUCUGAGACUGAAUUCGCCAUGGGUCGUGAGCCAACGGAGAUGUCUCGUCCCGCAACUACUACCCGUGGAGGAUUCAUGGAAGCGCAAGGUACUGGUGUCCACGUCUUAAUGAGUGCGCGGACGGCCCUUGAACUUGGAUGCCCCAUUCGAGGCGUUGUCGCAUUCACCUCUACAUCGACCGACAAGGCAGGGCGAUCGAUUCCUGCUCCGGGACAAGGUGCUUUGACGAUUGCAAGAGAAGUGCCAUCCAAACACCCAUUGCCUAUCCUCGACGUUGCGUAUCGUUCGCGCCAGCUGGCAUUCCGUCGCAAUCAGAUCUCUCAAUGGCUGGCCAAUGAACGCCAACUAUUGCAAGAAGAGCUCGAAUUCCGAAAGAGCAAAGCUGAAGACACCGACGAGAGUUAUGUAUCUAGCCGCAUAGCCGAUAUCGAAAAGGAGGCAGUGCAGCAGGAAAGGGAUGCCUUGGCCACAUAUGGAAUGUUACGCGAUGUAGACCCAAGAAUUGCUCCUCUUCGCCGCGCAUUGGCAGUAUGGGGUUUGACAGCGGAUGACAUCGGCGUGCUUUCCCUUCAUGGAACGGGCACAGGCGCGAACGAGGCAAACGAGACACACGUUUGGAAUGACGUUUUCGGCAAUAUUUCAAGAACGACUGGGAAUGCUGUUCCUGUUAUGGCCCAGAAGAGUCUGUGCGGUCACUCAAAAGGUGGAUCUGCUGCGUGGCAACUUGCCGGCCUUCUUCAAAGUGUUCACAGCGGUAUUGUUCCCGGUAACCACAAUGCUGAUAACGUUGACUCUCACUUCCGAGAUUAUACGUACUUGAUGUUUCCUUCGAAGUCUAUUCAUACCGAUGGUAUACGCGCGGGUAUCAUGUCCUCCUUCGGCUUCGGGCAAGUUGGCGGUACAUGCCUUAUCGUCAAUCCACGCUACCUGCUCGGUGCUCUUGAGCCUUCUGUAUACAAAACUUACAAGGUCAAGAACCAUCUACGGGCGCGGUUGGCAUACAAGGCAAUGAGCGAAAUGAUGAUUACCCAGUCCCUUGUCAAAGUGAAAGAGGGCCCGCCAUAUACAAAAGAUAUCGAGGCGUCCGUGUUACUUAAUCCCCUAGCCCGCGCAUCAUUCGAUCCGAAGACGGGUAGCUAUGCAUAUACGUCCAAACUCUCCACCCAAUACCCCGUCGACAGUGCACAUAUUCAGGCGGUCUCAGGUAUCCUCGGGAAGGAUUCGAUAGCAGGUGUUGGAGUGGACCAGGAGCUCAUCUCGUCUGUCCCGUCCUGGAACGAGACGUUUGUUUCGCGCAACUUUACAAAUGCAGAGAUCGCGUAUUGCCAGUCGCAGCCAUCUCCUGCAGCCUCUUUUGCGGCGCGUUGGGUGGGUAAGGAGGCGGUGUUCAAGUCGCUUGGCGUCUCGUCGAAAGGUGCCGCUGCCCCUAUGAAGGAUAUCGAGAUUCUUCCCGAUGCUGCUGGAGUGCCCAUGGUAACUCUUCAUGGUGAGGCGCAAUCCGCCGCUGAAAGCAAGGGUGUUUCGAAGGUCCACCUGUCGCUUAGCCACUCGGAGACAAUCGCUAUUGCAUUCGCGCAAGCCACAACGUCAUGA